UCGUCGUUGGACCUGUCAGCCCUUCAAAUUAAAACGCCUACGAGUUGUGCCGCCUCAUCCAUUCUCACCUGUACCUUCAAUCCCUUUCUCCCCGGACGAUGACCAUGGCCAGCACCACCUCUCCUCUCCUCGUCCUGCUCUCUGCCAUGGCGGUGGUGGCGCUCGUCGCAGCACCAGUCUCGUCGGCGGACCUGCCAUCCACCUUCGCGGACAUCGCGUCCAAGAUCCCCAACCCGUGGUCGGCCUUCAGGAACCUCACCGGCUGCCACUUCGGCGAGGAGCAGCAGGGCGUCGCCAAGCUCAAGGACUACCUCGCCCACUUCGGCUACCUCCCGGAGUCUUCCGGGUUCACCGACAUCUUCGACGCCGACCUGGAGGAGGCCAUCAAGGUGUACCAGCGCAACUUCGGCCUCAACAUCACCGGCGUGAUGGACGCGACCACGGUGGCCCAGAUGAUGGCGCCGCGGUGCGGCGUCGCCGACGUCAUCAACGGCACCUCCACCAUGGGCGCCUCGUCCCACGCCCACGGCCGGAACCUCUACUCCUACUUCCCGGGUUCCCCGUCGUGGCCGCGCUCCAAGAAGAGACUCACGUACGCCAUUACCGACACCGCCGCGACGACCAUCGACCGGGCGACGCUGAGCCGGGUGUUCGCGCGGGCCUUCGCGCGGUGGUCGGCGGCGACGACGCUCAACUUCACGGAGACCGCGUCGGCGCGGGACGCCGACAUCACCAUCGGGUUCCACGCGGGGGACCACGGCGACGGCGAGGCGUUCGACGGGCCGCUCGGCACGCUGGCGCACGCCUUCGCGCCGACGGACGGGCGGUUCCACCUGGACGCCGCCGAGGCGUGGGUGGCCGCCGGCGACGUGUCGCGGGCGUCCUCGGACGUGGCCUAUGACCUCGAGUCCGUGGCCGUGCACGAGAUCGGGCACCUCCUCGGGCUCGGCCACUCGUCGGAGCCCGGCGCCAUCAUGUACCCGAGCAUCACCCCGCGCACCAGGAAGGUGGACCUGGCAUCGGACGACGUCGUGGGAAUCCAGAGCCUGUACGGGAAUAAAUAGAGCAUUCUAAGUUCUCUUGCCACCAACACCAAGCAAUAUAUUUUACAGGAAAUUAAGCUGCAACUGCAAGCGAACAAUCAUCUUAUCAUGGCUGUAAUUUGUUAGUACCUUUCCAUUAAGAGUAAGUUUUGCACAAGUAGGGUUUUCAGGAUCAAUCUUCCCACAUGUCCCGAGAGGGAAUUCGCUCAGGGUGAAGGAGGUCCUUUCGUCCGCCAGUGCAUCUCGUGCAGUAGGAUCCAAAGUUGUCAGGUAGAAGUAUGGGAUUCCAUGGCCCUCACCAGGUAACCCAUCACUAUACGAAACUACAUUGGUGUACAUUCAAGAAGGCAAGAAUAAAGUUAACCAACCAGAAGAGAGUAUAUAUGUUGCCAGUUUGCAGUACUGAGACAAGAAGGAAUACCCAAAUGGAGCCCCGUUCAAAUCACUUGAUAUUGUGCUGCAAGAUGUGAUCAGGUAUUAGUGAAUAACCAACCAAAUAGAUUAUUGAUCUACAAUUAUCUCUGAGCAACAAACAGAAUAGAGCAAAUCUAUUAAAUUACA